AUGGGGGAGGCGGACCCCGUCGAGCCGGCGGCGGAGAGCCGGGGGGCUGCGGUGGAACCGCUGCAAAAACCGCCUUACUCCUACGUGGCUCUGAUCGCCAUGGCCAUCCGGGCCAGCCCCGAGCAGCGGCUUCCCCUCAGCGGUAUCUACGCCUACAUCGCCGGGCGCUUCCCCUACUACCGCGGCGGCCCCAAGGGCUGGCAGAACAGCGUCCGCCACAACCUCAGCCUCAACCCCUGCUUCCGCCGCCUCCCCCGCCGCGCCGCUCCCCCCGCCGCUCCCCGCCGCGGCGGCGACUGGGUGCUCGAUCCCGCCUUCCACGACAUGUCUCUUAUAAAUGAUGAUGCUAUAAUUACUAUGUUCAUUGUUAACAUGUUUCUUACAGAUGAUGCUAUAAUUACUGCGUUGUUUUAUCAGCUAAGCACCAUACGCAGGUUAUCGAAUCUGAUGAUGUUCCUGUUCCAGCUGUUUGUCUUUUCCGUCCAGGGUCAGCUGGGGGCGGGGGGUGUCAGUGCCCUCCCCUCAGCUUGCCCGAGCACAUGCAGCUGCAGCUUGUCUGUGCUAAUGAGACCCAGAAGCUUCUUUGCAGACACUGCUGGUCUCGAUGACUUGGUGACUCUAGUGUCUGAGGUAUCCAUUCUCAUACAAGAGAUGAUGAGCACAGUGGAAAUUAUUAGCUACAUCUGGUCCAAGGUUUUCAAAACUAACUAG